UCAGAAAUUUGACUUCCCCUCUAUGAAAUUCUCACUCUACUUUAUGGCCUAUGAGGACAAGAAGGAUAUCCCGGCAGAUGUGAAGGAGAGAACGGCCUGGACAUUUUCCCGCAAGGCAACUCAUGAGCUCACACAGAAAGAGAUAUCAAAGAACAUAUUGAGACAUCGGAUUAUGUGACUGAAGGAUUCAACUACAUCAAGCUCAGUUUGCCAGUUUGCCCAAUGUCUGUUGAAAAGGCCGGUUAUGUAGAGGAUGUAGAGUGCGGCAAUACCCUGUUUGUACAGGAAGAGAUCAGACCAGUCCCUCUGCUGAUUCCUACAGACAUAAGAUGUGAUGGCUUGCGUUGUCCAAUUCCACCUAUAGAGGGUCAGCUCACUAACCGAGAGCCAGAGCUGAGUAGCGCCAUCAUUCAGGAGUUCCAGCUAAUUGUGCCUUAUAUUGAGACCCUCAUCAGAGAUACUGAGAAUGGCACUAGUGUGAAAGGAAUCAUUUUGGGCUUCUUGUUACCAGAAAUCUUUGCCUUUCUACUGGAAUUCUGUUAUGGACACUGGUCCAGCAGAAAGAAGGCAGAAAAGGAAAAAGAUGAGGCCCCUUCUGAGAGAGAGAAGGAAGGGCCACAACGUCCUGCUCUAACCCAUGAUAACAUGGAGGAAGAAUUUGGAGGCACUAAGAAAAAGAAAAAACAGCGCCACUCUGAGACUCAUGAUCACCAAGGCUCAGAGAAACAAAAGAGCAGUGAAAGAAUAACGGCAGAAGAGGAAACGGAAUUAAAGCAGCUUUUGCAACAGUUCAUCUGCCAAUGCUUGGAAGGAGAUUUCUAAGGAGAAGACAUAAGGAGAAGUGGGUUGGAGGGAGGAAACAACUUCUCCAGAUUUAACAUUUCCAUACAGAAUGGAUUUUUUAUUACAGAUUUCUACUGGCAUCAUAUUGCUCAGUUGCAACUAUGAAUUUUAGUGCAACUAUUAUACAAUUUAAAGUAUUCUUCUACAGAAAAAUAUUCACAUUUCCCUUCCCAUGUUAUUAAUAUUUAUAAUAAAAUGUUAAGAACAAAAAUUCA